AUGCCAGUAUUGACUAGAACAUGUGCAGUACCUAGAAGAUAUGCUCGUGCGAUAGGAGUUGGAUAUGGAUGUCCCAUUGAGGUUGUCGACGAUUUAUUGGGUCGUACUAAUGAUUCGGCUAAACCUGCUCAUAUUUUUUUUUUAUCUUUUAAUUUUACUAACCUUAUUGCUCCAAUAACUACCCAGGGUAGUAGUCCUAACCUCCUAACCCUAAGGAAGUAA